CAGAACGAGACGCGAUUGCUCUUUUACUGGGACGACCCGAGGUUUUCACCAGUUUGAUGUAGCAUUUUUGGGCUUGUCCGGCUUCUUUACCCUUGCUCGAACCAAAACUCAGCUCAGCUUCGCCAGAUUUGGACAUGACGAUAACUUCUCGCUGACACCACAACACACACAGCAGAGAAAUUCGACAAAUCAUAUUCUAACAGAUGCCUUCUAGAAAUUCUAUAUCAUAUCUUACGUAAGAUUUGAUCGGCAAUAUGAUCAGGGGUUCCACAACCUCAACUUCACUCGUCCAUGACCCCUGAGGGUUUUGGGGGGGUUCCCUCAUAUGUUUUUUUCUUUUUUCGGUUUUCUUUUUUUCGGUUUUUCUUUCGAAGCCCCCUCCGACGCUCGAUGAUGUUCUGAAAUUGUCUUACCCUCUCAAAUCUUUUUCCACAGUUUGGAAUACAUCGAGGGCAUAUCGCCUUGAAGUUACGGCGUAUCAGCAAACACCUUCUACCCCUCCACUACUCUAGGCACCUUAUAUACCAACCAAGAGUAGGGCUUGGACUUCGGCGGGCCGGUUUCCAUUCCAAUUCGAGAUAUACUUCGCUCAUUGCUGGCGACAGCAAUCGGUUCUGUUCCUCUGGGUGGGAGCAACGCAUACAAUAUGCGCUUCAUUACGAACUUGCUGAUUAUUGCGUGCGCUGCCCCACCUACAUUAGCACUGGAUGACUCUCGUCCCAAUGAAAAUGUCAUCCUUGCAGACUGCACUGGGUCGCAGAACUCAAGUCAGCUAUCAUCUGAAGUCGCAUACUUCAGAAACUCCCCGAAUGAAUCGCCCGGCGGCAUCGCGCCUGUAACUGACGGGCAGCACCGCGAUUGGGCGGACAACACCACAUCGGCAUACUUUACCGACACUGGGACGACCUUCAAAGCUGUAUUAGGAAAGCGUGGUAACGCGGGCGACUACGCGGGGGUAGGAAACAACGGCUACGGUAACUUCUCGUGUUGGCAAAUGGACUCGCCGUACUUGUACAGUCACGAUGAUAAGAAUUGCUUCGUGGCAUAUGAGUGUAAUCACCUGACAUCGCCCGUGCCUAUCCCGUCAGCCUCACCUCCCGCAGCUACUAUGUCAUCGUCGUCUACAGCGACCCCCAUACCCGAAUCGGGUCUAUCAGUGGGUGCCAUAGUGGGUAUCAGUAUCGGAUCAGCCGCCGGAGCGAUACUUAUUACAGCCGUAGCUGCUUUCUUAAUAUACCGACGUUGGCGUUUAAAGAAGCAAGGCCAAGCCGCCACCAAUCCCCAAGAUCCGAGACUGGAAACUGGAGGGCCGGGAACACCAAAAGGGCCACCCCUGGUGAACACGAUAUGGCAAGGUCCAGGGGUGAGGGAAUUAGAAGCACCACAAGUUUAUCACGAGUUACAUCACGUCGAUCGGCCUGUCGAGAUCCAAAGUACUCUUAUAAGGAGCGAGCUAGACGGGUCUACUUCCAGAGGAGAGCUUCAUUCUCACGACUUACCGCCUCGAUACGAAUUCGGAAAUCCGAUAUCACCUGGAGCUUACGGGAACCAGAAAGGCCCUAUUUACCACGACAAUCGUGUUGAAGGAUAGAAUGAAUUCCAAUGGGAUGCCGAUAUAUUUCCUAGAAAAACAGCGAAUUUACGAAGAAUAAAUCGAAAAAUACUCUCCAACAUACCCCCAAGGCCCGUAGGUGUACCACGACAUUGACAUAUUGGCAACACAUAACGCUUUUAAAUAUGCAGAAAUUCUAUAAUCUCGGUAAUCAUACUUUUAGUUAUCGUGCGACCCUUUAUUUAACCUUUACCUGAUUUUGUUGAUCGUGGCAUAUGCAUGUUGCAUAUGGUCAGUGAUAUAAGAUCAGGUACCGGUGAUGCAAGCCACUAGAAAGAGGGUGAUGAAGGUUGCGCUUAACUGGUAUCUCUAUUUUCCCAGGUGGAGUUAAACUCGGAAUCUCUCUCUUCAAUAGAGUGAUUUGGCAAUGUGUUGAGGAUAAUGUUCUAACUAACAUUGAAUACCUAGUAAAAAAGUCAAUACGGUUUAUGCAUAACAGGUACCUAGAUAGAGAUAAAAGUGUAUUAAUAUUGAAUGGUAAAUAUUAACUCUGACGUCAGCGAAUUUGGGGAGGCAAG